AUGUCGUCUCUGGGUAUGAAUAAUGAUUCUGAUCAUCUUAUAAGUCGUCUACAAUCUCGUGGGUUAGCCAAUAACUUAUCUCAACCUGCUCCCAAUAACACAAUCUCGAUACCUUCUUUGAAAGCGAAAUCCAAGAAAAACUCGGACAAUUUUUGUAUCAAGACAUCAAAAAACUGGGUUCUACCACCUCGCCCGAAGCCUGGUAGAAAACCUUCCUCAAAUUCCAAUGGUUGCGCUGAUUCUAAAAGAAAAGGUAAAAAGAGUAUAAAUUGUGCCACGAAACAAAUAAAGCAGCAGUCAAAGCCACAUCCACAGAAACCUGCCAGCAAUCACAUAAGUCAUUGUAGUAUAAACAACACCAAGAUAAAUAGACCCAACACACCCUCGCUACUACAUGAUACUUCCAAACCUGUUUCAGCUAACAAUGUUCGUUCAGUUCAAAGCGUACUUGAGGAUGAACUUGACAAGGCCACCCAAGAAAACUCCUUGUUAAAAAAUGAGCUUUCUAAGCUUGUGAGUGAUUUAAAAUCUUUAAGAAAACAAGUCAUGAUAAGCUCGCCAACAGAAACUGCUGAACCUCAGAACUCUCCUGUUUCAAUGACACAAUCUUCUUCGAUGGCUCUGGAGACUUCUUCUUUCUACUCUCCUGGACUAGUAUCGAACUCCAACAAUUCGCUACCUGAUCAUCAAUUCAUUAACAACAACUAUACUAGUAGUCGCAUGGUCCAAAAUUACAGUAGCCCUAUUUCUAAUAGUAUCGAUGAUAAUGAAUUGGAACCGAUUAGCAGAAAGAGAACUCAUGAAUUUGUCGAAUCUGAAGACCAUGGUCUAUCAAGACACCAUAGCCACAUCAGCCACCCUGGGGUUGAUGAUCUCCUAGAAGAUGAAAAUUCAAUUGAUGAAGAGCAUGAGGAUAAGCAUAUGAAAUUGUCAAGUACUGGAGGGCUUCAUCACCAUGUGCUGUUAAUCGGUAAUGGUUCCAUUUCACAAAGCUUAACUUCAAGAACACCAUCCCUAAUCAAUCCACCAAGCACAACUGCUAGCCAACCGACGCCCGCAAAAAUUUCUAGUUUCUUUGAUGAUUUUAUUGUCAAGAAUGAAGAUUCGAAGGCUGAUAAUGAAAUAGAUGAGUUUGUAGCUUUCAUCAAUGAUGAUAGUGAGAUUCCGAAGAAAAACAACUUGCACAAAUUCGGUAAAGAAGAUUCAGAUACUAAUAGCUAUGCUUUUACUAAUUUGGCUUCUGUUCCUUCAUUGGUGUCUGGUGCAUCAAGUUUGAUCUUAUCGAAACAUAGCACUUUGAAUUCAGAGUAUGAUGAUGACUCUGUUAGGAAUAGUGGGCAGAUCUCUGGCGUGAGAUCCGACGAUUAUUAUCAUAGGCUUAUUGACUUACCUUCGUCUUUGAAUAUUGUGGACUCAUCGCCUUUAGAUUCUCAGGUAAAUGAUGUUGAUAAAUUAAUGACAUGUAAUGAAGAGGUUGAUAAGUUCAUUGAUUUCUCUUUUUUCAAAGAUAUUGAGGAUUAA